UCACCAUUUGUGAUCAUCCAUCCAUCCCCAUCUCAAUUAUAUGAAUAUGAUGAAAAUGAGGCUGAGCCAAUUAUGUGUAUUUGCAACACUUUCAGUUCUUGCUAUAUUACUGAUCCCAAGUGUCUUGGCCGAACGAUGCGGUAAGCAAGCCGGUGGUGCACCGUGCCCCUCUGGGUACUGCUGCAGCAAUUAUGGCUGGUGUGGGACCACCGCUGAUUAUUGUGAUCUCGACAAGUGUCAAAGCCAGCGUCCUUCACCGUCUCCUCCAUUCACUCCUCCACCACCCACUCCAUCCGGUGCAGAUAUUACCGAAAUCAUUACUGGUGAAUUAUUUGACAAGCUGCUUUUGCGUCGGAAUGAUAAUAGGUGUCCUGCUAAGGGCUUCUACAACUACGAUGCCUUUGUUCAAGCGGCGAGGUAUUUCCCUGGUUUUGCCACCACUGGUGACAUUACUGACCGUAAAAGGGAGCUUGCUGCGUUCCUGGCUCAAACAUCGCAUGAAACUAAUGGUGGUUGGCCAGCUGCAGAAGACGGGCCUUACGCAUGGGGUUACUGCUACAAGAGACAAAUAGGCGACCGUACAGACUUGCCUUCUAACUGUAUUGAAUGUGCUGCUGAUCAGUGGCCAUGCGCUCCUGGCAAGAAAUAUUAUGGACGCGGCCCCAUCCAAAUAUCAUACAACUGCAACUAUGGUCCUUGUGGAGUAGCCAUAGGGGAAAACCUCCUGGGUAAUCCUGAUUUGGUGGAGAAUGACGUAGUCAUCUCAUUCAAAUCUGCAAUUUGGUUCUGGAUGACUCCUCAACCACCAAAGCCUUCGUGCCAUGAUGUCAUCCUCGGGAAAUGGGUCCCAUCCCAAUCGGACAUAACAGCCCAUAGGGUCCCUGGUUAUGGGGUCAUCACAAACAUCAUCAACGGAGGAUUGGACUGUGGCCAUGGCCCUAACGAGAGGAUAACGAAUGGAAUAGGCUAUUACACGACGUUCUGCAAAAUUCUAGGUGUUAGCCCGGGAGAGAACCUGGACUGCGGCGACCAGUUGCCUUUCAGCCAACACCCCUUGUUCAGCUCUAUGUAGAAUAAGCUAGUACUAAUCUUGUAAUACUAGCUUUUAUAAUUUCUCGUUAUAUGAAUAAUCGUGGGCAUGUGACGCUAUGUUAGAAAUUUUAUGGAAAAAUACUUGAUCACGAACUUUAUCAGAAAAUACUUGAUCACGAA